ACUGCAGCAAGACCCAAGCACAAUCCCUUUGUCCAUCAUUCCUUCCUGCUUCCCCUCCCUCCUCCCUCCCUCCACCCCCAGGGAGGCUGUCCUAAUCUUUUUUUUUUUUUUCCCCCCCAUCCUCCCCAGCUGUACGUAUAAGUCCUUGAUCAAGUUGUCCUUGCAUCAAAGGACAGCUCAGGGGGCACGGAGUGGAGCCCACAGCAGCAGGAUGGCUCACAGCAUCUUGGGGCUCAUGCAGCCCUUGCGGAGGGGACUGAACGCGAGCAAAAUUCGCCUCAUUUUCCUCUGUGGUGGGACUGAGCAGCACCACAGCCCAGCAAAGGGGUGGUCAGAAAGAGGCUUCAGCUCCACACAUGGGUUCCAGGAUGCCCCUGGGGAAUCAAGCUCUGAGGAUCGGGUGACAGUGCAUUUUAUAAAUCGGGAUGGAGAGCGACUUACGACCACAGCCAAAGAAGGGGAGAGUUUGCUGGAUGUGGUAGUCAAUCACAACUUGGCCAUUGAUGGAUUUGGUGCCUGUGAAGGAACAUUAGCCUGCUCUACCUGUCACCUUAUCUUUGACAAAGACACCUUCCAAAAGCUUGAUGCCAUCUCAGAUGAAGAGCUAGACAUGCUGGACUUGGCAUAUGGACUCACUGACACAUCACGCCUUGGCUGCCAGGUGUGCGUUAAGAAGUCGAUGGAUGGUGUGACAGUGAGGGUCCCCAUGGAUGUGUCGGACAUGAGGAAGCAGCUGGAGGUUGGAAAGCAAAGCAAACAGUAACUGGAAACGACUGCUGCACAGCUUACAUCCUCAUUUAGGCGUGUCAGGGUACUUAGCUUUUGGUUAACACUAUUGUUUUUUGUGGCUGGCCUCCAGUAGGUCAUAAAAGUCUGAUUCAGUAUAAAAAUUCAUAUUUGGCAAAUCUCUUAUUUAAACAAGACAUCAUGUUUAAUAGGGUCUCUGGUACGUAUUCUAAGUGCUUAAAUGCUCUGCUGAAUGCAACUGGAUUAUAGUGUAUGGCUUUAUAUUUCCCUGGGUGGGUGUCAGUAAAUAUCUCUGCUGUAUGAGACUUGCGUUCUCCUUUGAAAUUCAAGAAUUCUGCUAUUCUGAGUAACUGCUGAGAAUUUUGCAAGGCUUGGCUCUUUAAAUGUGGAGCAGACUUUUCCAGUUUGGGAAACUUAAGAAGAGAUUGCUGUUUGCAAGUCAGUGUACUGAUGGGCUUGGUAAUGUAGGUGACUUGAGUUUGGUCAGCAAGAGCAUACUGAAGACAUUUGUGUGCUGACAAUUCCUGUUAGCAGAAACCACUUCUACAAACUUGAGGUG